CUCUUUCCCAGUUAAUUUAGAGGAGAAGUGGGCAGGAGGAGAUGCCCCUCUGGAAGGCAGUGCUGCAGCAGCGAGGGCCCUUCAUGCCCCACGCCUGUGGGGCAGGAGGCAAGACGGGGGCCGGAGGGACCCCGUGCGUGUCGGCAGGUGCCAGAAACUGUGCAGAUUGUCUUGUGCAGUGCCAGUGAAUAGAGAUUGCUCCUGCUCUUGUCUCUCUGCUUUUUCCUGUUAAUAACCUAAUGGGUAGCAGGAGGGCCAGUCAGGAGGAGAAGAGAUUAAAAAUUACCUUCCCCUUUCCUUUCCUUCCACUUUCCAGUGAGGAAACCCUCUUGAACGUCACUUGGGCGCUUUGUUGCGUUCUCGUGUUUGCAAUGUAAAGCUGGAGCUGGAAAAUCCCGUGUGCUCACACCUGUGUGCUGUGGUUUUCAUUUUCUUUAUGGUAUGGCCAUGUUUUAUUCAAGCAUUUCCAAACGAUUCCCACUUAAGGGAAAUGCUCACAGACCCAAUCCUUUAUUCCUAAAGGAGAGGAACUGUCCCCUGCCACUGAAAUGGUGUGGCCUUGAUAAAUUUAGAAGACUCUGCCCUUGGCAGAUAGAGAAGUAACAUGUCAUUCCAGUGAUCUUUGCGUUCUAGCAAAGCCUAAAUCAACAUUGCUUGUUUUGCAUGUUGCCCUUUAGCAACAGUCUCUCAAUUUCCAGUCUGAAGUAUUACAUGGACCAAAAAAAAAAGUUUUGGGUAAAGAAACCCUUUAGUACUUGAUAGCCGCAGAAUGUGAAUUGCAGCAGUUGUCAACUGUGUCCAGUCUGUAUUCUGUGCUUCUGAGCCAAGAAAAAAAUGACUUUACUUAAACAUGGCUUUGCUGAACUGGAGUUUGUUCAAAUCAUCAUUAUAAUUGUGGUUAUAACUGUUAUGGUGGUAGUGAUCAUCUGCUUGUUAAACCAUUACAAACUCUCGACACGCUCCUUUAUCAACCGACAGAGCCAAAGCAGAAGACAGGAAGAAACUUUGCAGACGGAAGGGUGCUUGUGGCCUUCAGAAAGCUCGGUUUCGCGCCAGGGUGCUUCAGAGAUCAUGUAUGCUCCAAGGUCCAGGGACAGGUUUACCACCCCAUCUUUUAUGCAGCGGGACCGUUUCAGUCGCUUCCAGCCCACUUACCCUUACAUGCAGCAUGAGAUUGACCUUCCUCCGACCAUCUCCCUCUCUGACGGGGAAGAGCCACCGCCGUACCAAGGCCCGUGCACCCUGCAGCUCCGGGACCCAGAACAGCAGAUGGAGCUCAACCGGGAAUCCGUCAGGGCACCGCCCAACCGAACCAUUUUCGAUAGCGACUUGAUAGACAUCUCGAUGUACAAUGGGGGCCCCUGCCCACCAAGCAGCAAUUCGGGCAUAAGUGCAACCAACUAUAGCAGUAACGGAAGGAUGGAAGGGCCGCCCCCGACGUACAGUGAGGUCAUGGGGCAUUACCCAGGCUCCUCUUUUUUCCACCACCAGCACAGCAACGUGCCUCCUUCCUCGCAGAGGGGGAGCAGACUUCAGUUUCAGCAGAACAAUGCAGAGAGCACAAUAGUCCCCAGCAAAGGCCAAGACCGGAAACCGGGAAACCUGGUCUAAGUUACUCUCCCAGGCGCAUUUGAACUGAAGACAAGAGAAUCAAGCAGGGCGGUGGAGGAGGACCCCCAUGCUCUGGUGCACAAUGCUGUUACGUUUCACGUUCUACAACUUAGUAAAACCAAACGUGCAAACCA